AGGCCUCUGUAUACUCAAAAAUGAAACGGGUUUUUUCUUCUGCAAUUACCACCACAACUCAGGCCAUCACAGCACUUGAGUUGUUGAGAGAAAACAAGAACCAGUUUGAUCUUGUAAUCAGUGAUGUCCUUAUGCCAAGCAUGGAUGGUGUUGAGUUGCUUGAGCUUGUGAAGCUUGAGAUGGACCUGCCUAUCAUAAUGUUAUCUACAAAUGGUGAUGCCAAGCUUGUAAUGAAAGGACUUACUCAAGAAGCUUGUAAUUAUUUAUUGAGACCUGCACAAUUUGAGGAGCUAAAGAUAUCUGACAAAAAGGACCGGAAAGAAACCUGACAAAAAGGACAAGAACGAUUAUAACAGCCAAAAGCAGACUUGUAAUGGAAGCAAUGAGGCUGCAGGAAUGGCAAAUGCUGAAAACUGAGGUAAUUUCCUUUUAGAGUGUUAUUGCUAUGUAAGAGGGGAUAAUAUUUUCCUUUUAAGAUUGGGUGUGUUUAGUUAAUUUUCACAAGAUAAACUUUCUUGAAAAAG